UUUAUAAAAUGAAACAAUUAUUUGUUUACAAAAAAGAUCGCUCAACAAAAUUAAUAAAUUUUAUGGAUGCGAGUGUAAAAGCUCCCCCUCGCGCAAAAUAAUAAUGCAGGGCCCCACUCAGGGCCAACCACGCCACUGCCCUUCCUUCAUGCUGUGAUCAUCUGACCUGUUAACCUCAAUUGAGUGGUGUAAAUAAAUAAAUGUAUCUAUCUGUUCACUGCUCUGUGGGUGUGAAAUAAAAUUACCAACAAAAAUAUUCUUUGGAAUGGAACUGUAUCUCAAAUGCGCGAAAUGCCCAUUUAAGACAAAACUCUCAUCCAAGUUAAGAAGCCACACGACAAUUCACGCAGACGACCAAAAAAGAUUAUUUAUUUGCUCAAGUGGUAGCCUUGAACCUUAUAAGUGUUACAAAUGUGAUACAUUUGAGACACAAUUUUUGUCACAACUGAAACAUCACAUCGCUCAAGGUCACAUUUUGAGACAACACGAGAACAGACGACACAAAUCCAAACUCCAGUUGUGGAGUUGUGAUCAUUGUGAUUAUAAAUGUAAAUUAAAAAGUACAUUGAAAAGACAUAUAGUGUCAAAGCACUCGUUGAUGUGUGAUUUUGAGUACUUUCAAUGUGACCAAUGCCAAUUCAAGGCGGCUUUCAAAAGUAAAUUGGACUAUCACGUGACUAUUAAACAUGGCCUCGAAAGACUCAAGUGCGACCAAUGCGAUUUCGAAACAAAAAACAAACACUACUUACAAAAACAUGUCAUUAUUAAACACACUGAAAAUCCAAAAAUGUUCGAAUGCGACCAAUGCGAUUACAAGUCAAAAUACAAGAACAACUUACAAAAACAUGUCAUUGUUAGACACACUGAAAAUCCAAAUAUGUUCGAAUGCGACCAAUGUGGUUACAAGACAAAAUACAAGCAGGUAUUACAAAGACAUGUCAUUUUUAAACACACUGAAAAUCUAAAAAUGUUUGAAUGUGACCAAUGCGUAUUCAAAACAAAAUACAAGCACGAAUUACAAAAACAUGUCAUUGUUAAACACACUGAAAAUCCAAAAAUGUUCGAAUGCCACCAAUGCGAUUACAAGACAAAAUACAAGAACCACUUACAAAAACAUGUCAUUGUUAAACACACUGAAAAUCCAAGAAUGUUCGAAUGCGACCAAUGCGAUUUCAAAACAAAAUACAAGCAGGAAGUACAAAGACAUGUCAUUGUUAAACACACUGAAAAUCCAGAAAUCUUCAAAUGCGAUCAAUGCGAUUUCAAAACAAAAUACAAGCGACUAUUACCAGGACAUGUCAUUGUUAAACAUACUGAAAAUCCAAGAAGUUUCGAAUGCGACCAAUGCGAUUACAAAACCAAUCAGAAGGACUAUCUCAUGAAACACCAAAAGUAUCAACAUAGCAACGUUCCGUUAUUCCAGUGUCCCAGUUGUGACUUUAAAACGAAAUUCAAAAACAAUUUACUUCAACAUUUGCGUUCACUCCAUUCCACUGAUUCUCAAAAAUCGUAUCAAUGCAACGAAUGUGAUCUGAUUUUCACAACGAAGUUUCAAAAGGAGACACACACAAAAGAAGAACAUUUGAAGAACGCCAAAUUGUACAAAUGUGACCUUUGCGACUUUGAAAGCCAGCGUUUAGGAACCGUCAGAAGGCAUAAAUUGCGUAAACAUUCGGAUAGAUGGUAACACUGCAUUGCACUCAUAAAACAAAAAGGAAGGAAUGUUUGAUCAACCAUCUGAGGGCGCAACAUAAACUUGAGCUUCCGUCUAGUUCAUAAUAGUGAUAUAAAUUAUAAAAAAUAAAGUUUUUUUCUAUUA